AGAAACGCCCUGCAUACUCUCUCUCUCUCUCUCUCUCUCUCUCUCUCUUCUCUCCUCCAACAUCCAUCCACUAUCCGUGUGUCCCGGCUCUCCUCUGCUCCUCCAGCCGCGGAGGAGCCACUCUGAGCCUGAAGGAAGACGAACCAGACCUUGCUGGAAGAAAUGGCGUUUUAACACUAGAGAAAAGAACCCAGAAAAGACAUGGAUCCUUUUUCCUUCCAACACCACCUCCUCCUCCUGCUCGCUUCCCUGAACUGCUUCCCCGCUGCUGCUGACAUGAGACUCGGUUGCCUGUUUGAGAACGGGCUGUGUUCACCAUAUGAGAUCUGCAUCAACGAUGGUAUGUUUGGGAGGUGUCACCGUGUUCCAGUGAAGGAGGUUUACACCUACGAUGUCUCCCCGUCUGUAGUGCAACGCUUCAGGACGCUGCUGGAGAAGCUCUCUAACAGAGGUUUGACCUGGGAAGAUAACACCACUCAGCAGGUUCUGUCCAAUGAGUUAUCCAAGCUGAGGAGGGUUCCCUACAGGCCACAGAAUGGAGCGGUCUACAACACCGACAGCAGGCCAGUAGCUGGAGCGAUGGACCCAGUAGACCAGAGGGUGAAGCCGGUGGAGGUGGAGCUCAGUAGAAAUCUGCAGACGUACCUACAACGUCUCGGCCUCCUUCCCAAGACGCCAUCUGCCUCUAGUCUGAGCACCCUGGGAAAGGGUGACCGUUUCCCUACGGACUCCUUUCGCUCCAAGGCUCAGAAGUCAUCUCCCUCCAGCUUUUCCCCUCUUUCAUCUCUCUUUCCUCUGCAGAAGCAGAGACCCCCAGCCGACCAGCUCACCAAGCAGGCUGAGGGUGACCUUCUCCUGGGCGCCCUGAGGCAGUAUCUCUCUAGGCAUCUGUCCCUGUACGGUGGUGGGGUGAGCCCUGAGGAGCAGGAGGCCACCUCACCCCGCCAGAGGCCCUUCUACACCAACGUAAUAGAAAACUCUGGACUCAAAAAAGACACCUCAAAAUCCAGGCUUCUAAAGUUGGGAAGAACGCAGGCGGCUUCAGUCAAAGACCCUCUGACAUCUGUGGAUGAGAGCUUCAUCAAGAACGUUUUGAAGAGCGUUGGCAGGCACCACGUGGAUGUGGAUGGCCUGACAGUGCAGGAUUUGGGCCAACUGUCCAGCCUAAUAGCUGAUGCUCUACAGGUGGUCGACCAGGACCAGGGACUUAACAGGGGCCUGAUCCAUGCCAGACCUGGACCGAGAGACCUGAGGGAGGAAGAAGAGGAGGUGGCUGCCAGGGAUGAGGAAGAGGAGAAGUUGCUCGAGAACACUCCAACACUAAAACCACAUGAGAGCACUCCCAUAGUCUCGGCAGCACUUCAAGAGCGCCACACGGAUACAGAGGAGCAUAUUGUGAAGGACAAGCCUGAGGGUGGAAACCUCUUUACCAAACUUCUGGCCUACCUGGACAAAACUUCCUUCAACACCUCUCCUCCAGCUAGAAAUCGUGACGUUGUUGCUAUGGAGACACCCAUAGGCCAACAGGUGGGCCUGGAAAAUGUCCAGAGCCGGACCAGCGGGGCCGGGGUGACGGUGCAGAAGAAGGAUGCCACCCAGUCUGUGGAGGAGGUGUCGGAAGUGCAGGGCUGGAUCAAAGAGGUGGCGCCCCCUCCUGCUUCGCUCGUGUAUGAGGAGCCGCACGAGAAGACGGUGCACGUUCCCGAACUUCAGCUGGACGUCAAAGCUGGCAGGACGAAGGCAGACGAUGAUGUGUUUGGCUACGUCAUCACCGACACAGAUGGGCUCCAAACAGACGAAGGCCUCCACCUGAUGCAGAUCCUGGCUCGCAUGUCUAAAAUCCAGCUGACCGACUUCGCCGAGCUCUCGGUGGUGGGCCCCGCUGUGACCUUCAAAGUGAGCCCAAACACUCACAACGUCAGCACCACAGAUGUGGCCAAUGUGGCUGUUCACCAGAAAGAGGCUCUGGAGAAGGAGGCCAAGGUCAGCAUCCUGGAGGCCGGGGUCACCGAUGGAAGCCAGAUCAACCAGAUCCCCACCAAGUACAGCCAGGCGGAGUCCACCAAGUUCCUGGUCCUCACAGUGGUGUCUAUCCUGUGCAUCGUCGGCGUGCUGCUGGCCUCCACCGUGGUCUACUGCCUCCGCCACCGCUCCCACCACAAGCUGAAACAGAAGCUCACCAAUCUGGGAACAGAUACUGGCAGCGAUGCUACUGCCACCUAUCAGGAGCUCUGUCGGCAGCGCAUGGCGGUCAAACCUCCGGCUGAGCGUCCAGAGCCCAUCUCCUCCAGGAUCAACAGUGUGUCGUCUCAGUUCAGCGAUGGCGGUCAAGCCGUCAGCCCCUCGGCGCGGAGUAGCAUCUCCUCCUGGAGCGAAGAGCCCGCCCACUCCAACAUGGACAUCUCCACCGGUCACAUGAUACUGUCCUACAUGGAGGAUCACAUGAAGAACAAGGACCGCCUGGAGAAGGAGUGGGAGGCGCUGUGUGCCUAUCAGGCAGAACCCAACGCCUGCACCAGCGGCCUGAAGGAUGGCAAUGCCAAGAAGAACCGCUCCACUGCUGUUGUGGCAUAUGAUCACUCCAGAAUCACCUUGAAGGUGGAGAACAGCCAAGGCAACUCUGAUUACAUCAAUGCCAGCCCGAUCAUGGAUCAUGAUCCCAGGAACCCUGCCUACAUCGCCACUCAAGGCCCUCUGCCCUCCACCGUGGCUGAUUUCUGGCAGAUGGUAUGGGAGAACGGCUGCGUGGUUAUCGUUAUGCUGACACCUCUUGUCGAGAGCGGGGUGAAGCAGUGCUACCACUACUGGCCGGAUGAGGGAUCCAACCUGUACCACAUCUACGAGGUGAACCUGGUGUCCGAACACAUCUGGUGCGAUGAUUUCCUGGUUCGAAGCUUCUACCUAAAGAACAUGCAGACCAACGAGACACGAACCGUCACUCAGUUCCACUUCCUGACCUGGCUCAACCAGAACGUCCCGGAGACCAGCCGGACGCUCCUCGACUUCCGCAGAAAAGUUAACAAGUGCUACCGGGGACGCUCGUGUCCUAUCAUAGUCCACUGCAGUGAUGGCGCAGGAAGAAGUGGGACCUACAUCCUGAUUGACAUGGUCCUCAACAAGAUGGCUAAAGGUGCCAAGGAGAUUGAUAUUGCAGCGACUCUGGAACACCUGCGGGACCAGAGGCCGGGAAUGGUUCAGACCAAGGAUCAAUUUGAGUUUGCGUUGACGGCCGUUGCAGAGGAAGUGAACGCCAUUCUGAAAGCUCUUCCACAAUAGGAAAGAACACCUCUUUCUGAUGGACCUCCUUUCUCUUCUUCUUCCUCCUCUUCUGUCUUAUUAAUACAGC